AUGCCUCUUUUCGAUCUCGGCUCUCUGUUUCUCGACCACGUUGUUUUCAUCACCAACCUUGUCUACAUGAACAUCGCUCUCUCCAAUGCUGAACCCAGCCUACUCUUUCCUCUUUACGUUGUGUCGAAGCUACUGGCUCGAGGACCUGAAGAUUGGGAUUCUCCCACCGCAAAAUGGCCCCCACCCAUGAAAUGCACGGCGAUGCCUGCGGCCGAGCGGCAGGCAGAGUCGAAUGAGUCUAGUCCAAACAACGCCAAACCUACGCUGGAGAAGCAUUUUAGCUUGGGCAAAACGAUGGUAGGCAUCCCCUACCAAGCUGCCUGGCUCAACGGCAUAGCCGUAGCAUUUUUCCUGCUCAAUGUUAUCCUCUUCAUCAUAAACUGUGCCCUCGCCAGUAUUCGAUUCAAAUCCAGACCAGGGGCCCUCACCCAUUCAUUCACAGACCAGACGGAAUCGCUCUUCAUUCCUUCUGCUGUUGUCUCUUUCGCCAUCAUAUCGAUCAACAUAUGCCAGUUCGGUGUGCCGCAUGUAGGGCCCUGGCUCCUUAGAAUCAUGCAAAUUCUGUUCUGGUUCUACAUAGCCUUAAGUGUGCUUGCUAGUGCCACUAUUUACCUGAUUCUUUGGUCGACAUUGAUAUUUCCCAUUCAUACCAUGACUCCUACCUGGGUCUUCCCAGCCUACCCUUUGCUCCUCACGGCACCUUUUGCGAGCAACCUCAUACAAGCUGCUGUACAAACGAACCAGCAGGUCGUCACUCUCAAUAGGACUGCCAUUGCUCUCUGUGCAGUCGCUACGCAAGGCGCGGGCUGCUUGAUUGCCUUUAUGAUCUCUGCUGCCUUUAUCUAUCGGCUGAUGACGCAGAAAUUACCGCGGGAUUUUCAACGUCCUGGUGUGUUCAUUUCUAUUGGGCCAUUUGCCUUCACGGUCGGAGGCUUAGGAAACAUGUCGUGGGAUUCUAAAUCGGCGUUACAUCGCCGACAGAGCAGCAAUGCUGGCGCCACCAAAACUCUACCUAUUCACACUCGCGAACAGUCGGAAGCAACAAUCCAACCCAAAUCAAGCCAUGUAGCGGACGAUUUCCUGCAGAGCUUCCUGGAUCCUUCUUUUGACCCAGCGGCAUAUCUGAAUGCUACUCUGCCGCCGCUUCAAUAUGGUGGCUACCACUCAUCACGAAGCAAUGGCAACGGUCAGGCCGUCCCGCUGGCCGACUUGUCCAACGAGGCGCAAACGCUGCUGUCCCAGCUCAACAUCCACACGACGAGGCUUUCCGGCACGUUGACCCAGUUGACGGAUGACAUCCUCCGGAGCGGCAGCCGGCUCGCCUACGAAGUCGAGCUCCUCCGAGGUGAGACCCUGAGUCUUGCUGAGACGAUGAAUGAGACGCUGCAGGAGGACAUCAAGAAGUUCGCGCCGAGUGGUGUGGAUCAGGAGGCCAAGGGAACGGUACCGAAGGCCGCGGACGGGCAAGAAAGGAGAGAAUCCGUGGGCGCCAGCAAGGCCGGCGACGACGAAGCUACGGCCACGGAGGGCAAGGCGGAAACCUCAGAACCACCCUACAUCAACCAGCUGCGGACGCUGACGGUGGUCCGCUCCCGCCUCGACACCGUCAUCAAGACCUUUGGAGACGCCAUGGAAUUCGUCUUCCCGCCGUCGGAGCUCUCGGUCAGCUCGUCCUUCCUCUCGGUCUCGGCGCCCGACCCGGGAGCGGAGCAGCACAGCACGGAGGAGAAGGGCCAGCAGGUGCUGCAGGGUCUGCGGGAUGAGAUCUCGCAGCUGCUGACCAAGUCGGAGGACCCCGUCAAGGGCAUCGAGAAGGCGGCGCAGCGGAUCGAGGAGCUCAAGGAGCUUAACAAGGUCUGGAAGGGCACGGCGGAGGAGAAGGGCAGGACAAAGUUCAUUGAGAGCCUGGCCAAGAUGGUGGAGGACCGGCAUCGGGAUCUCAUGAGGGAGGUUGAUCAAGCGAGCAGGAGGGAUGGGAAUGAGGGGCGGGCGAGGAAGGGGAGUGUUCAUGCUGAUGCCGCGGAGACCAAGACGUAUCUCGGGGGUUACGGCUUGAUGAGCCAGCUUCAGAAACUUAGAAACGGGUUGUAA